UGCCGAGGGAGGCGGGAGGAGGAGACACCGGGAGUGGCCCUGAGAGCCCGCGACACCUUGCCCAGGCUAUAAAUUGAGCACCUGGGAUGGGUAGGGGGCCGAUGCAGCCACCACCGCCCGCAGUCACAGUCUGGCCACUGACCACAGAAGCGUCCGUGGGUAGCAGCCGCAGGCAGCGGGCACGCUGAACUGCUCGGAGCUGAGAAUCGCGGGGUGCAAGAGGAGGCCAGAACUCGACCCACCGACCACCCACCGCCGUCGCGAGCUUCCGGACGCCUGAGCUGGGAGAAACCGCACAUCCCUCAGGGCCGGGCCCCGAGCAGACUAGACAGAGUUGGAGCAAGCGGAGGAGGAGCCGGGAAUCCAGACCCCCCGGCUAGAGCCAGCCCCCCGGCGCGGGCCUCGGAGAGUGUGUGAAGGCGGGCAACCCCUCGCCCCGGCCGGCCGUGCCUGUGCCCGUGCGCCCCAGUGCCCGCGCAGCCACCAUGAUGCAGAUCUGUGACACCUACAACCAGAAACACUCGCUCUUUAACGCCAUGAACCGCUUCAUCGGGGCCGUGAACAACAUGGACCAGACGGUAAUGGUGCCCAGCCUGCUGCGCGACGUGCCUCUGGCCGAGCCGGGGCUGGACAACGACGUCGGGGUGGAGGUGGGCGGCAGCAACGGCUGCCUGGAGGAACACUCGCCUCCAGCCUCCAGCCCGGGCAGCGCCAAUGGAAGCUUCUUCGCGCCCUCCCGGGACAUGUACAGCCACUAUGUGCUGCUCAAGUCUAUCCGCAACGACAUCGAAUGGGGGGUUCUGCACCAGCCGCCGCCGCCGGCAGGGAGCGAGGAGGGCAACGCCUGGAAGUCCAAGGAUAUCCUGGUGGAUCUUAGCCACCUGGAGGGUGCGGACGCGGGCGAGGAGGACCUGGAGCGGCAGUUCCACUACCACCUGCGCGGGCUGCACACCGUGCUCUCCAAACUAACGCGCAAAGCCAACAUUCUCACCAAUAGAUACAAGCAGGAGAUUGGCUUUGGCAACUGGGGCCACUGAGUUGCGGCGCCCACGGCUGCCCAGGCCCUCCCCAGUCCCGUCUCUCAUCCUCUCUCUUUCCUUAAAGCGAUUUUCUUCCUGGCUGUGGGGCGCGACGAGCGGACUGCAAGGGUGGGGGACUGCGGAUGUGCAGGGGAUGCGGCGGGGCUGCGUGGAGGAGGGGGCCUCCUUCAGGAGAGGAAAGCGAUGGCGGGCGGGAAAGGGGAGGUUCAGAGUCCCCCCGGGAGGGGGCCUAGCGUUCUACGUUGGUAGGACUGGGCUGACGCCCUGCAUUCAGUCUGUGCCUUUCCUGGAGUUUCUUUUCUUUCCGGAGGAGGAGGGCCUAGAUGGGGCCGUGCCAGGGCGCGGUGCUGGAUUGCCACACUUGGGAGCGCCUCCUGGAGCUGGGCGCUGGGGAAGGCGGGACGCGCAGCCUCCCGCCACCCUACUGUUGGCUUCCUACGAUGGAGGCCGCGGCGUUGCUAGGAUUGCAUCAGUUUUCCUGUUUGCACUAUUUCUUUUUGUAACAGUGGUCUGUCUUAAGUAUUUCGAAUCUUGUCCUUGCUCUGAAACUUCGGCGAUUCCAUAGUGAUAAGCGCACAAACAGCACUGUCUGUUGGUAACCGGUACUACUUUUAUUAAUGAUUUUCUGUUACACUGUACAGUUGUCCUGUGGCACCCCCACCCCAUCCGGUCUACCCCAUCCCUUCCACUCCAUCCCCUCUCCCACCCUAGUGUGUGUAUACUGGCGGUGCGCCGGCUUGUACGAAGCUUGCCAUUCAGCCAGUGAAAAUAAUAACAUUAUUAUGAGAAAGUGGAUUUAUCUGAAAUGGAACCAGCUGACGUUCUAUCCGUAUUAUACAUAGAGUGAUGAAGGGUUCCUCCAUUGUUAUAUGUCUUAAAGUUAUUUAAAACUUUUUUAAUCCCAGAUGUAGACUAUAUUCUAAAAAAUAAAGAAAAUGUGUUAACCUAACUUGACAAACGUUUGUUGCUCUUUAAUCUGCCAGUGAAUGGCUUAGUACUUAAAUAAAAAUAAUUUUAAUGGAAUUUUUUUUUUUUAGCAAAUUUUAUUUUUCUUCUGGUAUUUCAAGCUGCUGAAUAUUCAUUUCUGUAUUUAGUUUUCUUUCUGGAAGUAGCUACUGACAAAAUUUACUUCCAAGUUUUAUUUCCUACCUCAACAAAAAGUUCAUAAAGAUUCAAAGUGUUUGGGGGUGGUACAUGUAUUGUAUCUUUCAACCCAGGUGGCCAGCUUACUGAAGUGCUUAAUUGACAUUCGCAUUUUUUAAGAAGCUCAAUCGCAAGCUGAAGUGUUUUGAGGCAUAAACACUUAUUUUUAAAUGCUACAAAUUUACUUGGCUGCUGAGAAGUGAAGACUUAGAGAAGAAACGCCAGGUAACACUAGUCCACACACCUUGGGGGUUUCUAUUUACAAGGCUUUUAUGUUUAACCUAGGGGGUGUUGAAACGUGUUAUAAUGUGAGCCAUGGUCUCUUUCACUAGUACCCUGGGGAAUGCUAAACUUUGUUGAGAAAUGUUCAGCCAGACUUCCAGGUCUUCAGUGAACUAGUAUGCAGAUGUGGGCAGCAGAUCUGAUGAAGGCGGCAGGAGCGUACUUGGGAAUAUUUCUUUCAUUCCUUUAUGAUGCUCUACUGGGAUGACGGGACAGGGGAAAUCUGGUGCACUACAUUUUCUUUAUUUCAGUAUUUGUUUUUAGGGGAAGAGUGUUAGAUCAACUUCAGUUUUAAAUUUUGAAGCCAUGAA